AUGGAUACCGAGAAGGGUGCCAAAAUCGAUACUGCGGCGGAACCAGAGGAUCUGAAGGCGUUUCCAGACGAGGUGCCGGAUUACGAUGCGCAGCGUGGUGUGCAGCAGAUUGAAGCCACGACGCUCACAUGGAGUAAAUGGUCGCUCGCGGCUUUGCUAAUCAACAUCUGGCUCAUCUUCCUGACCAACGGAUUCCGAGGCUCGAUUCUGGCUGGGCUGGUUCCUUACGUGACGAGUGACUUCCGAUCGCACUCGCUGAUGACAGUCAUCGAUAUCGUCUCCCGGGCAAUCACCGCCUCGGUCUACAUCCCCAUCGCAAAGCUGCUAGAUGUGUGGGGGCGUGCGGAGGGAUUUGCGCUGAUGGUUGGAUCGGCGACGCUGGGCGUGGUGCUUAUGGCUACUUCGCAGAACCUGGCCACGUUCUGUGCUGCACAGGUCUUUUACUCCAUCGGAUUCUCGGGCGUUAUCUACACUGUCGCUGUCCUUGCGGCUGAUGUCACGUCGCUGCGCAAUCGAGGUAUUGCUUUCGCAUUCACGUCGUCGCCGUACAUGAUCACAGCAUUCGCGGGAUCGAAGGCGGCAGAAUCCUUCCUCUUGUACGUUCGGAACUGGCGCUGGGGCUUUGGCAGCUUCGCUAUCAUAGUCCCAGCCGUCUGCACUCCUCUUUUCGUGCUGCUGAAGCUCCAGCUUCGGAAAGCGGAAAAGAGGGGGCUGAUUGCUGAGCAAAUUCGCAAGUCGUGGUCGCUGGAUAGGAUCUGGAACGCUAUUGUCGCGUUCGACUGUAAGUAUUCCAUCGUUUCUCCGAUCUCACAGCUAACGAGUAUGCCUGCAGUGCCCGGUGUCGUUCUCUUCGCGGGCGGCUUGACCAUUUUCCUGCUUCCUUUUAAUCUCGCCACACACGCCCCCAACGGCUGGAAGACCGACUACAUCAUCGCCAUGAUCAUUGUUGGAUUCCUCCUUCUCAUCGCCUUCGGCCUGUACGAAACCUAUAUCGCCAAGCAGCCCUUUCUCAAGAACAAAUUCCUCCUCGACCGCUCCGUCAUUGGUGCCUGUCUUAUCGAUAUGACCUACCAGAUCAGCUACUACUGCUGGGCGAGCUACUUCACAUCGUUCCUACAGGUCGUCUGCAACCUCUCCAUCGCUGAAGCCGGUUAUGUCAACUCCACCUUCCAAGUCGUCUCUGGCGUCCUUCUCUUCAUCGUUGGCUACCUGAUCCGCCGAACCGGCCGCUUCAAGUGGCUCUUCUACGUCACCGUGCCCAUCUACACCCUCGGUCUCGGCCUGAUGAUCGCCUUCCGCCGCCCCAACCAACACAUCGGCUACAUUAUAAUGUGCGAGAUCCUGAUCAGCAUCGGCGGCAGCGUUUUCAUCCUGCUCGUGCAACUCGCGUGCCUUGCCGCCGUCGACCACCAGCACGUCGCCGCUGUGCUCGCACUCCUCUACGUCUCUGGCUCCGUUGGCGGCGCCAUCGGAAGCACCAUCUCCGGCACCAUCUGGACCAACACGUUUGCCAAGGCGCUCGGGAUGUAUCUGCCGGAGUCGGCGCAGCCGCAGCUUCUCACGAUCUACUCGAGCUUACCCGCUCAGUUGGCGUACCCUGUGGGCUCGCCCGAGCGCAUCGCGAUUCAGAUGGCGUAUGGGUACGGGCAGGCACGCAUGCUGGCGGCGGGCGUGGGCGUGUUCGGGCUGUCUUUUGGUUGGAUGUUUUUGAUCCGGAAUCAAAAUGUCUCGAAGAAUGGGCAGACGAAGGGUAUGGUGUUCUAA